UUCAUACGUGUACGAGUCGCUCCUGUAGUUGAAAGAUAUUUUUCUCUUCGUUUAAGCGAUCGUGAAGAACAUUUGAUGAGUAUGAAGUUUGAAUUGGAAGUGAGAAGUUUUACUGGAAAAUGAUUGAUUUUUGGUUGUUUGUAUUGAUUGAUAGCAAUUUGGAGAAAGAAGAAUGGCGUUAGUUUCUGGAGGAAGGUCGUCAACACUGAAUCCGAAUGCACCUCUCUUCAUCCCAUCUUAUGUGCAACAAGUGGAGGACUUUUCACCUGAAUGGUGGAAUUUGGUAACAACUGCAACAUGGUUCCGCGACUACUGGACUAGCCAGCAUCAAGGAGAGGAAUAUGGUGAUGAUGAUUUUGGUUUUGCUGGAAAUGAUGUUGCUGACUUGCUUCCCGAAAACAUUGAUCUUGAUGUCGAUGAGGAUAUUUUGAAUAUGGAAGCUCAGUUUGAAGAAUUUCUUCAAUCAUCUGAAACUGAGCAACAAGGCAUCAAGUCAUCACUCUCUGGUGUCAAUGGUUUACCCAAGGGUUCUGAGGCACUCGUAAGGACACUGAGCAUGCCAAAGCCAAAAUCUCCUAUCGAACCUCCAAAGUUGUACGAGAAACCAGCAAAGAUUGUUAGCCCAAAGAACAGCCUUCGCCGCAUCCAGCAGCCCCGCUAAAUGUAGUUCAGCUUAAGCAGAAGUUCUUGGUUUGUAGUUUGGGUGUAUGUUAGUUCUUGAUCUGCAGCUUUUAAUCUUUCAAAAGCAGCAAUUGAGAAAGUUUCAAGAGUCUUUAGUUCUUGUUUAUCUUUUGCAUAGAGCAAGGUAGACGUGGCACUUUUGUAUCUAGCCUUGUUCAUAGUUUUAGUAUAUCCUUUUCAUCAGUUUUUUAACUUUGUAAACAUCAAAACUUGUCUAAAGUGAAAAAAAAUAUAUAUGUAAAAAUCAGUUGACAAAAAGAGCAUGUCUUUUGAGUUUUA